GUAGCUGACGCGCGGUCUUCCGGUGUGGCGGAAAAAUGGCCGUGGUCCCUGUGCUGCGGACGCUGGCGCGGGUGCUGUCAAGACACAGUCUCUCGUCUCCUCUGUGCAGCAGGACAUCAUCCAGAUGCUUCCACAGAGGUGACAGUCCCGCAGAUUCUCAGAAAGAUGUGAUCGAAAUCCCCUUGCCCCCGUGGCAGGAGAGAACUGAUGAAUCCCUAGAAACUAAGCGUGCCCGGCUGCUCUAUGAGAGCAGGAAGAGGGGAAUGUUGGAGAACUGCAUCCUUCUCAGUCUCUUCGCUAAAGAGCAUCUGCACCACAUGACAGAGAAACAGCUGAACAUGUAUGAUCGCCUGAUUAAUGAGCCCAGUAACGACUGGGAUAUUUACUACUGGGCCACAGAAGCCAGACCAGCCCCGGAGGUAUUUGAAAAUGAAGUCAUGGCCCUACUGAGGGACUUCACUAAAAACAAAAACAGGGAGCAGCGGCUGCGCGCCCCAGACCUGGAAUACCUCUUUGAAGAGCCACGCUGAGCUCCACUCGGGACCCAGUCCGCCUUCCUGCUUCUCCAUAGACACUGCUCCUCUGGAGGUGUCGGGAAGAGUGGACACAGCCGGCCCUCAGAAGGGGACCAGUGUUCCUGGGCCUCCCUCCCAGGCAGUGUGGGGCUUCAACUGGCUGCUGUGGGCCAGGCCUGCCACAAGAGGGCACUGUGGCUCCAUCGUGUUCCUGGGAAGGGACCAGCCUGGCUGCGAGUGCUGCGGGAAGAGCCCUGCCAUCUGCACCCGCUUCCUCUGGCUUUGUUAAAGUGAAUCCCCCUUCCA